GCAUUGUUUGUCUGAGCGAGUGAGGGAACGGAUCUCUCUGCCCCUGGAUUUACCGAUACUAAAGACAGACAAAGGAUUACCAUAUAUACAACAUGCGGUCGCCUAUACAAAGUGUGGUGCAUAAGGUGGUGUUUUGGAAGGACUCGGGCACCAUCAACAAGGGUUUCGAGAGCAACGAGACCAACGAAAAACAGAAGGAAGGGGCCGUGGAGGUGACUGUAACGGAGCCAGAGGGAGAGCGUGACAAUGGAGGUAGACAGCAGUGGGCCAGCCCCGUCGAAUUCCUCCUCUCCUGUAUCGCUAUGUCCGUCGGGCUCGGCAACGUCUGGAGAUUUCCCUUCGUGGCUUUGGAGAACGGCGGGGGUGCGUUCCUGAUCCCCUACAUCCUCGUGCUCCUCUUCAUCGGCAAGCCUCUGUACUAUAUGGAGCUUUGUCUCGGCCAGUUCUGCGCCUCGGGUUCAGUGAGAGUGUGGGAUAUCUCGCCGGCUUUUAGAGGCGUGGGUUACGGCCAGGCCUUCGCGACGUGGGCCGUGGUGACCUACUACGUGUCGCUCAUGGGCCUCACCGUCUUCUACUUCUUCGCCUCCUUCAGCUCCGUCCUGCCCUGGUCUACGUGCGGGGUCUUGGCUGCGGUGACGUGCGUGGACAAGACCAAGAACGCGACGGAACUGGCGGAGUCUCUGGGUAUGAACAAGUCUAAUUUGACAUCCGCGGCUGAGGAGUAUUUUAGACGCGAGGUUCUUCAGAUCGACGAAUCGGGUAUUGACAACGGCUUGGACGCUCCCGAGUGGCGCCUCAGCCUGUGCCUUCUCUUCUCCUGGAUCAUCCUCUUCGUGGUCCUCGCUAAGGGUGUCCAGAGCUCCGGGAAGGCCGCCUACUUCACCGCCCUCUUCCCUUACGUGGUUCUGUUCAUCAUGCUUGUUCGAGGCGCGACGCUGCCGGGUGCUGUGGAUGGCGUUCUCUACUUCAUCAGGCCUCGCUGGGAGAUGCUGCUGGAUCCUAAGGUGUGGUACGCGGCCGUGGACCAAUCCUUCUUCAGUCUCUCCGUGGGCUUCGGCUCCAUCAUCAUGUUCUCCUCCUACAAUGACUUCCGGCAUAACGUGUAUCGCGACGCCGCCAUCAUCUCCGUCACCGACACCCUCACCUCACUCCUGGCCGGCUUCACCACCUUCGCGAUCCUGGGCCACCUGGCGGAUCAGCUGGGGGUGGAGGUGUCCGAGGUGGUGAAGGGCGGCGGCACCUCCCUCGCCUUCGUCAGUUACCCGGAUGUCCUCGCCCGCUUCGAUUGGGUACCGCAGUUGUUCGCCGUUCUGUUCUUCCUGAUGCUGUUUACGCUUGGGGUGGGAAGCGCGUCGGCCCUCACCGGCUGUAUAAUCACCAUCAUCUGUGACGAAUUCCCGCACUUCAAGAGAUGGCUCGUGACCCUGCUCGUGUGCAUCGCUGGCUUCCUCCUCGGGCUAUUCUACGUCACGCCUCAAGGGCAGUACGUCUUGGAGCUCAUCAACUACUACGGAGGCGGCUUCAUCAUCUUCAUCCUGGUCGUCUUUGAGAUCAUCGCCGUCCAGUGGGUGUACGGCAUCAACAACUUCUGCCGUGACAUCGAGUUCAUGCUUGGGAGGAAGACUGGAUGGUACUGGAAGUUCUGCUGGACCCUGCUCAUCCCUAUCCUCCUCGCCGUCAUCUUCAUCUACAGCCAAGCCACAGCCAAGCCGCUCUCCGUGGGGUCCUACGAACUCCCGUCUGGCUUCAUUGGGUUCGGCAUCUUCCUGGCAGUCAUCGCUUGUCUUCUGGUCCCGAUCUUCUUCAUCAUUGAGGUGGUACGGCAACGAAGCUCCUCCGACGGUAUACUCGAAGCUAUCAAGAACAGUUUCAAAGCCAACUCGGAGUGGUGCCCCAAGGAUGCAACCCUCCGACAGCAGUACCACCAGUUCCUCCAACAGUCGAAGGACACACCAGAGGGCAUCGACAACCCGCUUCCUACGAUAGAGUCCUCCGGGAACCUCUCAAACUUCCCGAACAGCGCUUCCAAGGACAACAUCACAGAUUACGAUAACUCCGUCUUCUGAGAUCCUUCGGGGUUACUGUAGGAUUCCUCGGCCUUGGGGUUCCUAUAGGUGUAUCCUGGGUUCCCGUCACGAGGGUGGGUGAGCCAUUGUGCCGUCCAGGGCUAUAAAAAAGGGCCGUAAAGGAACCAUAAAUGUCUUGCUGAGGCUGUUCUGGUGGGCGAUAGGGACGCAUUUUAAGACGGGUGCACACACACACACACACACACACACACACACACACACACACACACACACACACACACACACACACAAGGUCAGCAGGUAGUCUCAAGGUAACACAACACUUAUCAUCUCUUCACGUAAGGGUUAAUACAGGCGUGUCAAGGUGAGCUAUGGGCAGGUAAACUUUGUGUGAAUAGAUACCUGAAUACCUGGCCCUUACCUAACAUACGUCAACUCUACAUUUGCCUCACCUGUAUAACCUUGACUCACCUUUCCUUACCUGCCCAUUUCCAUCACCAUUAACAUCAACCAUUACAAGUUAUAUUUUCAUUCACAACUUUUCUAUCAGUUUAUUUUGUCCAAGGAAAGGUUUUAAUCUCAUCUCUGCUUAGGUAAGGGUUUUAAUCUCAUCUCUGCUCAUGUAAGGGUUUUAAUCUCAUCUCUCUGCUUAGGUAAGGGUUUUAAUCUCAUCUCUGCUUAGGUAAGGGUUUUAAUCUCAUUUCUCUGCUUAGGUAAGGGUUUUAAUCUCAUCUCUCUGCUCAUGUAAGGGUUUUAAUCUCAUCUCUACUUAGGUAAGGGUUUUAAUCUCAUUUCUCUGCUUAGGUAAGGGUUUUAAUCUCAUCUCUCUGCUUAGGUAAGGGUUUUAAUCUCAUCUCUCUGCUUAGGUAAGGGUUUUAAUCUCAUCUCUCUACUUAGGUAAGGGUUUUAAUCUCAUCUCUCUGCUUAGGUAAGGGUUUUAAUCUCGUCUCUCUGCUUAGGUAAGGGUUUUAAUCUAAUCUCUCUGCUCAUGUAAGGGUUUUAAUCUCAUCUCUUUGCUCAUGUAAGGGUUUUAAUCUCAUCUCUCUGCUUAGGUAAGGGUUUUAAUCUCAUCUCUCUACUUAGGUAAGGGUUUUAAUCUCAUCUCUCUGCUUAGGUAAGGGUUUUAAUCUCAUCUCUGCUCAUGUAAGGGUUUUAAUCUCGUUUCUCUGCUUAGGUAAGGGUUUUAAUCUUAUCUCUGCUCAUGUAAGGGUUUUAAUCUCAUCUCUCUGCUUAGGUAAGGGUUUUAAUCUCGUCUCUCAGCUCAUGUAACGGUUCUAAUCUCAUCUCUACCUGAUUCUCUGUUUACCAUCAUCAACUUCAUCUUUCUUCAUCUUUCUCCACUUCUCUAAUGUUAAUUUACUUGAUUCUAUUCAUGUAAAGGUUGUAAUCUAAUCUCUCCACCUGAUUCUCUGUUUAGCAUCAUCAACUUCACCUUUUCUUUUAACCUUCUCCUCUUCCUCUAUGUUAUUUUAUUCGAUUUUGCUUUGGUGAAGGUUCUAAUCUCAUAUCUACACGGAUCUCCUGACUUAUAAUUCCUGGGUCGUCACUUGUUUUGGUAAAGGUUCUAAUCUCAUAUCUACACAGUUCUCCUGACUUAUAAUUCCUGGUCGCCACUUCUGUUUUGGUAAAGGUUCUAAUCUCAUAUCUACAAAGUUCUCCUGACUGUUAAAAUUACUAGGUCGUCAUUUCUGUUUUGGUGAAGGUUUUAAGUUCAUUCCUCCACCUUCUUCUCCGUUCACCCUAACUUCUAAAAUUCCUGGGUCGUCUCUCUGUAACUUUGCCUGUCCAUCUGCUACCCACUCCACGCAUGACAAGGUUUCCAGUACACCCGAUCUCACGUUCAUAGUAUUACCCGUUUUCUUUAAAGUUUAGUUACAUCAUGUCCCCAUCAUCCCAUUUUCUACCUGCAAAGAUGGAGGUGUGUGUGUGUGUACAUGCGUGCGUGUAUGUAUGUUAUGUAACUUAUUGUUGUUGGUUGGUGCUCGUGUUUAUGUGUAUGGUUUGUUGACACACACACACACACACACACACACACAGCGAGUGAAGUAAAGUUUAAUAUAAUUGUCUCAAAACUACCUAAUAAUUGCUAGAUGUGUACAGUUUCGACUUACUACUACUACUACUACUACUACUACUACUACUACUACUACUACAACUACCAGCACUAUCACUCACUCGCCAGGUUGUGACACGUCCGGAACUUGUGACAGUGUAAAUAGUAGAAUAGUUUUUGUAUGAAUGGUUGUACAUACUUAUAUUAUUACCGUUAUUUUUAUCAUAAGAUACAUAUUAUGAUGAUUACUAUGUUAAUUAUAUAUAAUAAACCUAUAAUUUGUA